ACAUCAAAAAGCUACUUUGAGGGAAAAGUAUUUGACAAAAUACAUGGGAAAUAGGGAAAAGCCAUCAUCAAUAGAAGAAAGAAAACUUAGUCAGAGGGACAAAGACAUGCAAGGUGUCCUGACCCAUCUCAAUAAUUCUAGUUUCAAGAGUGCUCUAUACUUCCUCAGGAUGGAGCUUCAAAUCAGCCCCUGUAGAAAAAUCUGAAAGACUCAUCCAAUGAGCCAGCAAAAGUCAGAAAGUCCUAGCAUGGCUGAAGUUACAUGUUUAAGCAUGGAACAAAAAGUAAGCAAGAGCUCAAUGUCCUGAGUUCAGAUUCCACUACUGGCACAAAAGAUGAAGACAUCUAGACAUGAAAUGUGUGCAAUGGUAGCUUUAAACCAUGGAAACAGAAAAACAUACGAAUGGGAAUAUUACAUAUUUAAGCAAGAAGGCCAGACUUAUAAUAAACCAUUGGUCUCGAGACUCUGGUCUCAGCCAAGAGAAGUAUGGGUGCCUCAGUCAAAGCUGUAGACACUGGAUCAGUGGCAAGCCACGAACCAACCAUCUCAGAGAUUUGUCCAAAAAGAAACCUAGGAAAUCACAAGGCAACUCAGGCAAGUGUGCCAAUGAGUCAUCCCUGACCCUGAAUGUGCCAUGCGAUAUAUGGAGCCCGGAAGCAGGCCUGCUGGACAUGCUGGUGAUGAACCUGGUCCCUGCCUACCAGAAAGGCGAUCUCUUCUAUGUUGGGAACUUCCUCCACAAUUAUAGACAGUGGGCAACAAUGGAGCAAGUGCUGGAUAUUGUGUUCAAAAAGUGAGUGUUCCCCCUUCAAAACCGGGACUGUUCAGCUAUUCCUGGCUGAGUUGUGGAAUACUUGGCACCCCUCUGAACCUGUUGAUUUCAUGGGGGACUUCUCACAGGAGCUUGGCAUGAGACAAGAAAGUACAUAGCCUGCGUAGUUUCUUAGUAGUGGUCUGCCCAGGACAUUUCCCA